ACAAGCAUAAGCUUUGUGUCAUUAGUCUUCACUGAACUGACCUGCUGAAAAAAUCGCGCCAUGGACUGGCAACUCUUUGGAUUUGUCUCUAUGUGCUUAUAUUUGGGAAUACAAGCCGCAACCCUACAUCAGCUCAAUGAAGUCUCACUAAACGUCACCAAUACUCUGCCAGGAAACAGUAACGGAUGGCGAAUGUUGGAAACGAUUCUAGACUGCGCCUCGGGCUCCAUAGAAGCUGUACCAGGGGAAAGCUGCGGCCAAGAUUUCUUUAUACAGUGUAAAGCUGACGCGAGACAAGAUGCAGCACGAAUUCCUGUGAGAUGCACGAGCAACAUGAACUUCAAUCCCGCCCCAGAGACUGGAUUUUGUGACCCAUUCUUCCACUGUGGUGAAGAAACAAUGGCGGUUUGUCCACCGAGCGGUUCACUGAUGGUAGCUUCAACGGUGUGCAACGAGUUCGUCCUGUGUCUCAAUGGAACCCCAGAGCAAAAAAAGUGCCCCGAUGGAACAAACUUCGAUCCAUACUACGGCACAUGUACCACUAGCUACGAUUGUAACGGCUUCCAAUGCCCGGAAGGAGCAUUUACAGCGGGCAUGGGAUCGUGCAAUCGGUUCUACUUCUGUGGAGCUGAUGAUCCCGUGAUCUUGGAAUGUGGCCCAGGAUGGAGCUACAAUCCGGUGCAGCUCGAGCCGUAUGGUGGAUCGUGUGAGGAGAACUACCAGUGCCAGGAGUCGGCCAUCUCGGAAAACGUUCGAGUUUUGACGCCGGCUCAGCCCUGUCCAGAGCGGGGAACGGCCUUUCGGAUGCACGAACAGGACUGCUCCCUGUACUACUACUGUCGAGACGGGGUAGAGCGUCUGCAGUCGUGUGGAUUCGAUCAGUUUGAUAUGUUUACGGGACGUUGUGUUCGGAGGAAUCAAGCGACAUGUUUUCCGGGGACGAGCUGAAUGUUAAUUGAAUUGUUUGAACAAUUAACAACGUCAAAAUUUAAAACA